CGUAACCGUUAAGGGUUUUUUCAUUUUGUUUUUACAAGGAAUUACUUUAUCUUAUUAUUCGUUUAGACUAUUCCAAAAAAUCGCCAGGAUGGGCUGCGCCGGAUUCACCUGCUCCAAGCACUCCCUCUGUGCGCUCAAUAUCCUCUAUGUUAUGGUGAGUCUGCUGAUGAUCGGCAUUGCUGCAUGGGGGAAGUGGUUCGGCCUGGUGUCCAGCUUCCAGGUGGUGGGCGGAGUCAUCGGAGUGGGGGUGUUCCUGUUCUUGGUGGCGUUGGUCGGCCUCAUCGGGGCCGUGAAGCACCACCAGGUCCUACUCUUCUUCUAUAUGAUCAUCCUCUUCAUGGUGUUCAUCGUCCAGUUCUCUGUCUCCAGCGCCUGUCUGGCCAUCAACAAGGAUCAGCAGGAACACCUGUUGGAGGUGGGAUGGAACAACUCGUACACCACCCAGAGAGAUGUGGAGAAGAGUCUCAACUGCUGUGGCUUCUACUACGUAGACAACAACGGAACCUGCGAUGCUGCCUGUUUCCCCAACCACUCCUGUUCACCGUGUGCUGAGCAGAUCCAGGAGCAUGCAGAAGAGGUGCUGCGCUUCGUGGGCGGGAUAGGCCUCUUCUUCAGCUUCACUGAGAUCCUGGGGGUGUGGCUAACGUACCGGUACAGGAACCAGAAGGACCCUCGAGCGAAUCCCAGUGCCUUCCUGUAACCGUUGGCAACUGCUGGCUUUGUACCCCACUCUUGGAAUGGCCAACUUUCCUCCUGGAGAGCUACUGGUUGUGCAGGCUUUUGCUUCAGCCCUACUCUAACUGUAACACUAAAACAACUGAUUCUAAACAAAUUAGCUGCUCAUCAGAGCCUUGUUCAGCUGAAUCAGUUGUGUUAGUUAAAGCAGGGCCGGAGUAAAAGCCUGCACACCAAGUAGAUUUCCAGGUGGAGGAGGGCUAGCCGCCUGUUUUAGGGGCUGUGUUUGUAAAUAAGCGAGUGACUUGUGUGUGUUUUCACCAGCUGUGCAAAGCGGCAGCCCUUUGUGUGGUGUUACAUGAAGUGAUUGUUUUUCCAGAAUAUGGUGUGUGUCUGGAAAAUAACUGGGUCAUGUUCAUUAAGCACCAAACGGAAGAAAACUGACAGAGACAAGAGGAUCUAGCUUCACUUGUCAAAUAGGAAACGCUCCUUUACACUUUCCGUUGCAAAAUGUUUUCCGUGGUGUGUCCUAAUGAACACGACCCU